AUGGCUAAAGAGCUCCAAGUGGAAGAGAAGGUGAAAGACGAAUCUUGUUUGUUGCCCGUUAUGGCUCUUUCAUAUCUCUUCCAAUAUCUUGACAAGUCAGCACUUGCAUCAACUGCGAUCAUGGGUCUUCGUGAUGAAUUAAAUCUCACCGGCGAAGAAUACUCUUGGUCAAGUGGAAUAUACUACUUUGGCUAUCUUGUGGCAUCUUACCCAGCGGGUGUACUGAUGGUUAGGUGGAGAGUUGGCAAAUUUAUUACGGCUUCUAUCCUGGCAUGGGGCGCAAUCCUGAUGUUGACGGCCACAUGCCAUAACUCUAGUGGGCUGCUUGCAACACGAUUUUUCCUCGGUGUUGCUGAGGCGGCAAUUGCUCCCGGACUCACAAUUAUCAUAUCCAUGUUCUAUAAGCGAUCCGAGCAGCCUCUUCGCCAUGCAGCGUGGUUUCUAGGAAACACAUGUGCCGGGCUAUUUGGAGGGCUGCUUAAUUAUGGGAUCGGGCAUAUAGAAACUAUUGCGCCGUGGAAGGCAUCAUUCCUUAUUCUUGGAGGGGCAACUGUUGCCUGGUCAAUUUGCAAUAUUUUCCUGCUUCCAGAUACGCCCUCAAAUGCAUGGUUCUUGAAUAGUUCGGAUCGGGAGAAGGCUGUGGCGCGAGUUCAGGAGAACCUGACCGGAAUCAAGAACGACAAAUUCAAGUGGGAACAAUGUCUAGAGGCUGUUAUGGAUAUGAAAACUUGGUUUUUGGUUCUUAUUCAAUUCAGCUCUAAUAUUCCAAACGGUGGAGUAACAACUUUCCGGUCUAUUAUUCUUACUGGGAUUGGCUUCAGUACAUUCGAUACUUUGCUACUGCAAUGCGUGCCAUAUCUUGUUCAGCUAGCCCUGGUUAUCAUUUGCACUGGCGGGAGUAGCUACUUCCGGAAUACCCGGACUUUCUGGAUGAUGCUAUCUUUUGCAGUUGCACUUGUCGGAGCAGCACUUGUUCGUGAACUACCGGAAAAUGACAAAUGGGGUCGUUAUGCUGGGACCUGUCUAAUGGGAGCCAACUCGGCUUCUUUUCCAUUGCUGAUGUCGAUGGUUUCUGGCAACAUUGGUGGCUUUACAAAGAAAACAACGGUGAACGCAUUGAGCUUUAUUGCUUAUUGUGCAGGUAACAUUAUCGGCCCGCAACUGUUUUUCGAAAGAGAAGCACCAUCAUACGACUCAGGCUUUAUUGCCCUCAUGCAAAAUGAGUCCCUAAGCGCGGCGGACGCCGGUGAUAUGCGAACAGACACAAUUAUGGCUAUGAUGGACAGAACAGACAAGGAGAUCGGCCACUUUAGAUACGUAUACUAG